AUGACACGACAAACGGAAACUUCACACGGGAAAAGCAAAACUCCGAACAGACGCUUGCCGUUGUACGGACACCGGAGAGUUCUGGUGGUCGUUGGCCGCAUAUACGGUAUGGGAGAGAUCGUUGAGAAGAAAGGAUUAAAACCCAUAAACGACAACGACAUUAAUGGCGACGACGACCCCAAAACGACGACGAAGAAUACGGUCGAAAUCGUCGUCAGAACCGUCGGCCCAGCUCGCCCCUCUCGUCUCCGCGUCCCUUCUUCCAUCAAAGUGCAUGAGUUGAGAAAAUUGAUGGCUGGGAAUAACCAUUUACCGAUCGAGAAUUUGAGGCUUAUUUUGCGAGGAAAUGUUUUGCACGACAGUAAAAAUGGCGAGGAUGCUUGCCUGCAACUCAAUAAUGGUGAUUCUCUAAUUGUUGCUGUGAAACCAAAGCCGCCAAGUAAAAUUCUACGGGAUGGAUUCGAUGAUGACGACGACGAAGAAGAUCUGAAGUUUCAGCUUCCACAGUCAUCAAGCAGGUGGAAAAGGACGCUUUAUUGUUUCCUACAUGACAAGUUGACGCUUCCCGAUAUCCUUUUGAUGGCAAUUUUCUCUCUCAGUCUAAAGGCGUGGAUUAUUAUCAUUAUGUGGUUUAUUUUGGCUCCUGUUGCCAAUAGAUGGGGCCUUGGCCCUCUAUACAUACUAGGAACAGGCUUCGUCAUCAUUCUCCUGAAUCUUGGAAAACGGCAACCUGGUGACGUCAGUGCCUACUCCAUCUUCAAUGAAGACUUUCAAGAGCUUCCCGGAACACUUAACGCAGAUCGCCUGGAUGGGGACAUAAGGGCAGGCCGGUUCUGAGACCGUGACACACUUAACGCUGCUUGUAAAAGCACUUCUGCGAUGGCAUUGGUCUGGUUGCCGCGUGUUCUGUAAGAUUUCAAGUGGGUUUUAUUUUUUAUUUUUAUUUUUUUUCCUUUUCUUCUUUUUUGGAUGUUAUCUACCUCAUGACUAAAAGCAGUAAAGAAACUAGUGUUUACCUGUAGAGUCUGAUCCAUAGGUACACAUGGAGAAUGCUAUGCUUGUUUAUGACCAAAUGAAUGAAAACAUAAUUUUUCGAGUA